AUGUCCGACGAUGAACAAGCACAGCAUCCCGAAGGGGAUAUCAGUGAAGUUAGAUACAAGAUGGAGGAGGAGGCGCGCAAACGCCAAGAGCGCGCUAAAGAGGAAUGGAAGGAGUAUGAGGAAUUUCGUCGGGCUGAACGAGAAAAGGAGGAAGAGGAGAUAAGACAACUCCGCGAACGUCGUGAACGUCGAAAGAAGGAGCGUGCCGAGGAAGAAGCCCGCUUGGCCGAAACUCGCGCUAUUGAAGAGCAAAAGCGUCGGGCUGAAGAUGAAGAACGAUUGCGUAAGAAGCGUGAAGAAGAGCAACGCAAACGCGAAGAGCGUGAACGAAAACGUCAGGAAUUCGCGGAGAUGUCCAAGAUGACUACUCGUCGUAACUUUGUCAUCAAUAAAAAGGCAGGAUCUGUUGAGCAAGUGGAAGAAGUCAAGCAGGAAGAAGUUCAAAAGUCAAAGGAACAAUUGGAGGCUGAACGCAAAGCAAUCUUGGAGCAGCGAAUUCAACCUCUUCAAAUUGACGGUUUGAAAGGAGAACAGCUUCGUGCCAAAGCUAAAGAACUCAAUGAUAUCAUCAUGAGACUUGAAGGUGACAAAUACGACUUGGAACAGCGUUUCACUCGUCAAAGCUAUGAUAUGCAAGAGCUGGCUGAGAGAGCUAGACAGAUGAACAAGGGAGACAAACGUGGAACUAAAGUACAAAAUACACCUGAUCCACUUGCUGCUAAGAUUAGUGGUCUACCACCUAAAAUCUCCAUGUACAGCGAGUACGAACGCAUUAAAGAUCACCGUAGCUUUGGCGAGCGUCAAGGCGUUUUUAAAGGUCCCCUCUUUACCGAAAGGUAUGAGAGAAUCGAACCCAAAGUUAAGGUCGUAAUGACUGAGGAUGGUUUCCAAAUUGGAGGUGAGGUUCCAAGAGCCCCCGCCCCUGAGUCUGAACCACCUGCUGCAGAUGCUGAACCUGCAGCUGUUACUGCAGAGUAG